AUGUAUGGGGAUGUAAAUAUUAAAUUAUUUAUUUUACCAAUUUAAUUCAGAUAUAAAAAAAUUAAUGAUAUAUAAAUAUAAUAAAAAGCCGAUUUAUAAGGAUAAUUAGGUUUAGGAGAAUCCAAAACAUAUCUCAUGCCAAGAGUAUGUAGUUUUUGUAUAGUUAUUGAUAAAGUUUCUUGUGGAUUUAAUCAUACUGCUUUUAUAACUAAUGAUAAGAUUUUAUAUAUGACAGGUUUUUUUAAAAAGAAAUAUAUUUUUAAUUAAUAUUAUUAUAUUAUAAAUAAAGGAAGUAAUAAUUUUGGUUAACUUGGAAUCGGAUAAUAAAAUUUAAAUAACUCUUUUUAACCUUAAUUAGUUGAAGAUUUAUUUAAAAUAAAAAAAGUAAGUUGUGGACACUCAUUUACCUUAUCUUUAACAGCCAAUGGAUAAUUAUAUGGCUUUGGAAAUAACUAGUUAGGUCAAUUAGGAACUGGUGAUUUCGAAAAUAAAAAUAAACAAACUAAAGUGAAACUGGAAAAAAAAAUCCGAAAGAUAAAAUGUGGAUAUUACCAUACACUAAUUUUAGAUGAAAACAAUUUAUUAUACACUUGUGGAUAAAACGACGAAGGAUAAUUAGGAUUAGGGCAUAAAAACUAAAAUAUAUGUAUCCCUACAAUGCUUUAAAUAAAAUAAGUUUGGAAAAUAGCAGCGGGUUAAUAUUCUGGACUAAUAACCGAAAACGGAGAAUUAUAUUUAUUUGAGUGUUUUUGA